AUGUCACUAUUUAACCGGUUAUUCCGAGGGAAGAAAUCUGUGAACAAAGAAAAUGAGCAGCCAACGGAAUUGGACCGAGAGCUGGCAUAUCGGCGCUCAUUGAGGCUGUCGUCUAGUCGUGGAUCAACAAAAGCAGAACGUGCUCGGUUCCAUGAGGAUAUCCCUGCAACGGCCCCCUAUCACACGGUGACGGCUCCAAGACUUCAUAAAGGGCCCUUGAGUUGCCCUGGCGGGUACAAAGAGAGUUACCGUAGUGAAGCUAUGGAUCGAUCAUUUGAGACAGAAGUUCGGCCUAAUAGAGAAAGACGGGAUCGUGAUAGGCCUGAAGAUCAGGGCAGAAAGUUCAGGAGGCAAAGAACACACUGGGAUACAUCAGAAUAUGGUAGUGGCGAUCCAUCCCCUCUUAGCAACUAUCCUCCAAAAGCCGGUGCUCAUUAUAGUGAGGAUUUGGAAGAGUCUGAUGAUCAAGAGUGGAACAUGCACGACAAGUUGCUGCAGCUUGAUAACAACUGUAGGAGAUUUAUGCGCAAGUAUAAACACGCCGAAGAGCGUCAUAUGUAUUACAAAGCUGAGUGGAGGAAAAUAUAUAAGGCUAAAGAAGAAUCCGAAAAUGUGUUUUUACGACAAAUUGAACAACUAACAAAACAACACGAUAGGGAUGUCGAAAAGAUUCGAAAAUUAGAAGCGGAGCUCGCUCAGUACCGAUUCGGUCAUUUAACAGGACAAAAUGCAUAUCAUUUUGCUAUGCCUUUAUCUUCUCAUGCUCAAAAUAGAAGUUCACUUAUGCCAUCUCUGCCACCAUUACCAAGCAGUACUGCUACACCAUCUACCAGCGCCGUGGAAUCAAUCACUGGAGCUGGCGAAGCCUUAACGGAACAAGCUGACCUAUCGAUGCUUCGACCACUGCAGUUUGACUCGUCGUUUGUUAACCGCCAAGUAUUAGAUGACAUGGAUGAAACGAAAAAUUUCCGUGCAUUAGCUGUAGACGAUAGUGAAAGUUUUCUUUCUGGAAUGGAAGUUCCUCGCGAUGUACCGGCAGAGAAGGCCGUCAAACAAACAGUUGAUGAGGAUGUGAUCCUAGAUGAUGGGUAUGGUACAACGUCUGACAAUGCCGUAACUAAAGGAGCUGCUGAAUGCAGUUCAUGUUGUAAGAAAACUAACAAUGCAAUUGUCGAUUGUCAGAACAAACCACCAAAUCAAUCAACGUGA